AAAGAAAAGCAUUACAGGAAGAAGAAGAAAAUGAGAGCUCUCUUGUGCUCACACCAUUUACUACCAUUAUCAUCUCUCUCAAGAACAACUCUCAAAACCGAACUUCAAAAUCCAAAAACUCUAAUUCCUAACAACAAACCAAGAUGGGAAUCCAAGCUCCACGCAGGACCCAAGGGGUUUCAAUCUACUAAAAGCUCUGAAAACCCGGGCCGGCCUGACCCGGACCAGGAAGACGACCCGCCGAUACCUCAAGAAGUGUUCGAGCGGAUGAUGGGAAGGAUCGUCGUGUCGGUAGGAACACCACUAGGCCUAGGAGUGGCAAUCUUGAAAAUACUCGAAGUCUUGAAGGAUAGGAAAGUCUGGGACGUGCCGUUGUGGGUUCCAUUCUUGACCACACUCGUGACCUUUGGUUCGUCGGCUCUUGGGAUUGCGUACGGAAGCUUGUCCACAAACUUGGACCCGACCAAGACUAACUCUCUUUUCGGACUCAAAGAGGCAAAGGAGAAUUGGGUAGAGAUGUGGAAAGAAGACUAAAGACCAUGAUUAUUGGUAGGUUCUUAGCCAAAUCUUAUGUAAAUCUUAAGUAUUAAAAAAUAUUUAAUUAAAUUGUAAAUAGUAAGAUUGGUAAGAAAGGUUUCUUAGCUAAGAACCAAAACAUGUUUGUAAGAGGUAAAUCUUAAGAUUUUAAUACUAAAAAUUUACUAA